UCCGCUAGUGCUGAUAUCUGCUCGCGAACGAUAAAGAAUUUCGGCUGUAGUGACCGAUCCGUAUACAGUCGCGAGUCAACGGAACCAGUACACGAGAGGAUAUACGUGACAGCGUCAACAGUGGCUUCGUGCAGGCAUAGAUUCAACCAAAGUAUUACGUUAAGUCGACAAGAAAAGUGCGUGUAUGUGAGUGAAUAGAGUGUCUUCAACCCUGAUCCCCGCGCCCUUACCAGUCAUUGACAGUAACCACCGUGAUUGAACGUUUUGCCGAUGACGUGCCGUAAACCGGCCCACAAGAAUACAAAGGUGUUGCAUGUUGCCUACUAGGACAAGAAACGAGGAUCUCUGCUGUGGCAUAUCAGCCGUCGAGGUGGGCUGCACCGACGAGACUGUGGACGUCCCUAGAUUGGCGAUGAAAAUAGAAACAUCCCAGGACAUGACGUAAAUACCAUGGACAAACGGUUAAGGGCAAACGGCACAAUGAAGAAAAAUCUCGCGCCGUAGUUUCGUCACCUGCGAUGUUAGUCACACAGACACCCUCCUAUUUGGACAAUCCGCCGAAUAUGAUGUCGGUACUCGAGGAGGAGACGAACGCUGAUAUCGACGACGCGUUCCCGCCACACGUCGACACCACGAACAUCGUGAUACAGCCUGAGUCGCCCACCAGCAAGAAGCAAACGCUAAAGACGUUCAGCGAGGUCAACGCGCUUCUCCAGGCCGGCCGAAAGAGGGAGGUUAAGCUGAUCGUAAGGGAGAACGCGUGGCCGUUGAACAACGGGAUCAGGGCGCAACUCUGGCCGGUGCUUUGCAGUCAACAUGCGCACGGCAAGAACAUGCUGGACGGAUUCUAUUGGGACAUGGUUAACCAAGUGUUCGGGACUACAGAGCUGCCGGAAAAAUCAAUCAUGUUACCGCCGUUUGUGGAUAGCACUCAUUGCCUGUCGUACAACCUGACAAGAAAAGGCAGGAGUGUGGCGGACAGGGUUGUGUCUGUGCUUGGAUACGCUUGUCCCGACAUCACCUUCAGUCCUUCUCUUUACCCCAUUACGGCGCUUCUUCUUCACUUCAUGCCGGAGGAGGAGUGUUAUCAUUGCAUGGCGAACCUGGUCGCCGCUAAGGACAAGAUGUUCGUUACGCAAACGAAACUUCUCUACGAAGUUACCUGGAAAACUGUAGAGCAAAUCACCAAAAAGCACGUGAAAUCGGCUGCGGUACAUUUAGCGAGGCAUUGUUCAGGAUCAAGAGCAGAAAGAAUUUAUAUGGAUUGGAUCUGGUGGAUUCUGCAGCUUCUUCCAUUCCAACAUCUAGUCAGGGUUAUGGACUGUUUUCUUCACGAAGGCAUCAAGGUCUUCUACAGAGUAGCAAUGGCUAUAGUUUUAUUAUUCUAUAAGCACUCGUCCUUGCAAAAUUCCGAAUGGAUGAAUGAAAUUUCCAAGAACGGUAUCGAUGCUGCUCUGUCGAAAUUUUGCAGGCAAAUACCAGUAACGCCGGCCAAAUUUUUGCGUACCGCGUUUGGGAUACGUGGACUCAGCUCAGCAUACAUAUCAAGGGUAUUUUUGCGCACAGAAAUGGCUCUGAAAAGUAGAAGCGUUUUAACGGGAUCCAGAUCGUUGGCUCGAUCACGGUCCACGGAUAAUCUACCUACGAGUCAGUCCCAAGUCAACAUUCAGAUGAUGUCGCAUACACUCACGAUACGAGAAAAAGAGUGUGAAGACAGAUACAAAGACAGGGGUGCACACAGUCCUGGACCCCGUGCUCUGUCAAUGGGCGUUUAUCCCAUACAAAGCAUAUGCUCCCAGAUUCUAGACAUGCCUGAUUUAUUCACAUUAUGGUCCUGGUUGCCGAUGAGGAUCACCAUGUACCAACCGAUACUACUAUAUACAACAGAAGAGCAUGGUUGUUCGUUGACAACGUUUUACGUUAGGGUAGAGCAACACGAGCCAACCCUGCUAAUGAUAAAGACGUGUAAUAACGAAGUUUUUGGUGCCUAUUGUUCUACGAGAUGGUGCGAGCGUAAUUUAAAGAACGAUAAAGGACAAAGACAAGCCUACUUUGGCACAGGUGAAACGUUUCUGUUCAGUUUGUAUCCUGAACGAGCAAAAUAUCCUUGGGUAGGCACGGAUUCUUCGCACACUGAAGCCAAGGUUCAUCAUUCAGCCGAGUUAUUCAUGGCGGCGGAUUCUAAGAUGAUAACGAUUGGUGGCGGAGAUGGUCAAGCUAUAUGGAUGGACGAAAACAUCAGAUACGGUAAGACAGAUCGGUGCUCUACAUUCAACAACCCGCCACUUUGCGCUAGCGGUGACUUUGAGAUUAGAGUACUAGAGGUAUACGGUUUCGCCGGUGCUUGGGAAUAACACGGAACUCGGUAUUACGACGUAUCGGUUUAUUUGA